GCCCAUUUUCUUUUUUUCUUUUUUUUCACCAACAUCCAAACAUCUUUCUUUAUUCUCUUUAUUCACAUUUCUUUGUGACUCUUUGGGUAUAAAGAUACUUUUCUUCCAACAAUCUUUCUAGACCUUUCCAGAAUCCUUCUAGAACAUUUCUAGUAGUAUAUACUCAUCAUUCAAUAUGUUCACCAAAGCUUUCGUCACCCUUCUUGCUGUGACAUCAGUCUCCAUUGCAGCUCCAAAUCCUGUUGCAAAGCCCACAACCGACCUUGUCAAGCGAAGUGUCGGUUACAGAAUGUUCACCGGCGAUGGGUACAACUGGCCUCCUAUUAGCGAAUGGGCUACCUUUGACACCAUGUGGGCCAACUCCCAAGCUGUCAUGUCUAUCUCCUGCACCCAAUACGGCGGUGCUGCCAACAACUCUCCGGAAGAGAUAGCUGACAUUAAGUCUGCUAUUAUCUCGGUUUCGGCUUCUUCCGGCGUCGACCCCCGAUUCAUCCUUGCAGUCAUCAUGCAAGAAUCCAAAGGUUGUGUUCGCGCUCCCUCUACAUUCGGAGGAGUCUUCAACCCUGGACUCAUGCAAGACCACAACGGUUUAAACAGCUGCAACAUGAACGGCAACCCAAUCACUCCAUGCCCAGCUCCUAUCAUCACCGGCAUGAUUAUCGAUGGAACGGUUGGCACAUGGGGUGUCCCAGGUGGUGGUGACGGCUUGCAACAGUGCUUGGCCCAGAGUGGAUCACCAAAUACCGCUUACGGCUUUUAUGCCGCCGCUAGAAUCUACAACUCGGGAAGACAUGCCCCGGGAUCUGAUCUUGGUGCACCUGAAUGGGGUACCAGCUGUUAUGCUAGCGACGUUGCAAACAGACUUUUGGGAUGGGACGCUCCAGUUACCCCUUGCGGUCUCCCUGACCCAUAUCACCACUUCGGUUAAGAUGUUGGGACCUGUGAAAACAUUCGUUCGGAGUUUCUGGUACUGUACUUCAGUAUCCAGAGUUUUAUAUGUUCGGAGGAAGGCUUUUCACAAGUAAUUUUCUUUGUAUUUGUUUGUACAUUUACAUUGAGACUGGACUCUAUUUGAAUUUUUGUAUUUUGUUAUAACAGUUCCUAGAAUAGGAAUGAGAUGGGAGGAAAGGUUACCUUCGGGGAAUAUGAAUCUGUAUGAUAGAUAUCUUCUGCGAGAACUAUCAUGUUUUAUUUCAUUCUUAUCUGUUGCUUUAUAUACAUCUUACUAGAAUAGAAUAGACACCA